AUGUGCCACACCGCUCAAGUGUCCGUGCGGAGCACUCCUGCGGCGAUCGAAGCGAUGGCAGCCCGAGCCAGUCUUCAUGCACAUGAUCAGGGCAAAGACACAAUUCCGUGUGCUAUGGUCGUGCAGUGCCGGAAUCACAGCACUACUGACGAUGUCGCCGUGAAUCGGUUUCGACCUUGUGAGUACAUGCCCGUGGUGCAUCCCGUCAACUUCUUGACGAAUUUGCAACUGCAUGACAUGGACUACUCGGUCAUGCUGGUCGAUUGUGCGCAUGGGUUCCAUGCCACGUUUCCUCAUGUCGCGAUCUUGUCCAAGCAACUUCCGCACCCCUUUGGAACGAUAUACAUGAGCUACGUAGACAUCCCCUUGAGAGUCUCGAGCCCUACCUCUCGUCAAGACGACAUUUUGCAUCAAUGGAGCCACGAGUACUACAUUGCCACGAUUGCGGUGGUGUUGGUCUCGUUGAUGUAUCUGACGAGCAGCUGGCUUCGACGUCGCCAGGCCCCGGCAGCAUCGGGCCCCCGUGCUGCAGUCACCUCGUGCUCGUGCAUCCUUUGUCACCUCUCGACGUGGACAGCAUCCCCAUCCCAUCCCAUUAACGACGAGGAUGCGCCUGAACUGUCGUUGCUUCCUUCCAUCAGUAAUGCCAAACGCGAUGAGCCACGAGUUGGUGCCGGCACACCAGCGACCAACCUGAAUACACCGCCACGCCACGUCAUUGCGGCCGAUUCGUCAUCCACUUCGCUGUCAACACCCAUGCCAUCAAGUCAACCAAGCGACUCGCGCCGCCCUGUAGUCGCUUUGGACGACGACGUCAUCGCCAUAACUCCAUUGCAACAACCAUCCCUCGACCAUCCCACGAACCUCAUGCUUCUCGCGCGUGACAUUGGUCUCAUUGUCGACGACUCGUCUACGCUUGUCACGUAUGACGUGGAAGGGAGCGACGUGCCGACGGUAGCGCCGCUGCUGCCCGAGGAAGACGAAGUGUCGUGGCGAGAGUUCUUUGACAAGCACAUUUACGCCAAGAACUACAACGACGGCGGCGGUGACACCUCUGCACUUGAUGACAAGUCGUCGACGCAACGCAAGGCGCAAAAGCUGACGCUGGCCACCACCGCCACACGUUGCUCUGACCACGACGACGAGCACGGAUUGAGCGACUUGUGGUGA